AAUAAUUUAAGAGACAAAAUGACACACGGACCACCAAUUGAAGCCUAGUCCAAACAACAAAUAUACUCAUCCUAUAAGUAUUGAACAAAUCUGCUCCCUUUCUCUUGGGGGAAAAAAGGCAAAGCAAAGGAAAGCAAAAAAGGACCGAUAUCACUGCAUCACCCUACUUCACACUUUCUAUCGUUCUCCUCCUAUACUCUCUCUCUCUCUCUCUCUCUCUCUCUCUCUCAUCACAAAUUAACCAUCCAUGGACGAGCUUAUCAUCUCCCCAUCCUCCUCCUCUUCCUUCAUCUCAUCCCAAGAAACUCCGCCGACCCUUCAACAAAGGCUCCAACUCAUCCUCCAGACCCAGCCAGACCACUGGACCUACGCCAUCUUCUGGCAAUCCUCCUCCCCAAAUGACCAAAACACCCCUGCCCUCCUCUCCUGGGGCGACGGCCACUUCCAACCCACCAACAAAAACCCACUCCCCAAAGACAACGAAAACUCCGCCGAGUGGUUCUACAUCAUGUCGCUGACCCGGUCCUUCUCCGGCGGCGGCGACAGAGGCGCCCCAUCGAAGGCUUUCAGCUCGGGUUCUCUGGUCUGGUUAACCGGUGGGAAUCAACUCAAGUUUUAUGACUGCGAAAGGGCCAAAGAGGCUCAGAUCCAUGGGAUAAAGACCCUGGCUUUUGUUCCCACUUCGGUUGGAGUGCUUGAGUUGGGUUCGAGUGAUGUGGUUAAAGAGAACUGGGGUUUGGUCCAGCAGGCUAAGGCCCUGUUUGGGUCGGAUCUUGAUGUGAUUCCGAAUCAUGGAAAUGGGUCGAGUGAGUUUCUCGACGGGAACGUUUGUUUUGCCGAGGAGGAUAUGGUUAAUGGAGGAGGAGCCAAACAGGAAGCCAUUGUGGAAACAGAGUGCUCUGAUUUGGGUCCGUUUCCGGUGCCCACCACGUUUUGCUUCCACCACAAUGGUAAUGCAGAACCAGAGCAACAGCAGAGGACUCAAAAGAAGAGGGGAAGGAAGCCCGGCGUCGGACGCGAAACGCCGAUGAACCACGUGGAGGCGGAGCGGCAGCGGCGUGAGAAGCUCAACCACCGCUUCUACGCCCUCCGAGCGGUGGUCCCCAACGUUUCCAAGAUGGACAAGGCCUCCCUCCUCUCCGACGCCGUUUCCUACAUCAACGAGCUCAAGACCCAAAUCCAAGACCUCAAAUCACAACUCCACGACAGCAAGUCUUCCAACAAGAAAGCGAAAACGGAGUUGAGCAGUCAGUUGACGGCCGACACCACCGACAACCACAGCAGCGCCGCCACCUCCGUCGACCAAACGAUCAGUCCCAACAACAAUAGUGAUAAUAAUUCUUGCGGGGUGCCACUGGAGGUUGAGGUCAAGAUUGUGGGAGCCGAUGCUAUGGUUAGGGUCUCGUCGGACAACGUUAAUUAUCCGGCGGCGAGGCUAAUGGAGGCGCUUAGGGAUCUGGAGUUGCAAGUGCAACACGCGAGCGUGUCUAGUGUCAACGAUCUGAUGCUUCAGGAUGUCGUGAUUAUGGGUCCUCAUCGUGGGGUGAUUAGUGAGGAGGGAUUGAGGACUGCUCUCUUGAGCAGAUUAGGGUGAAAAAUGCCAAAGUGCCACGGCUCGAUCAGCAGUGAUUAACACGCAAAAAAAAAAAAUGCAUAUGUUUGUGCAAGCACUUUAGGGUAAAAAGGCCAACCACAGCCCGGUUAAUGUGCGAAAACUGCAUUGUGCAUGUGAGAGACGAAUUAAAACUCUUUUCUUGAGAAUAAUGUAGCCGUUAUUGACUGCUCAAUGGCUUGUGGUCUGUAUAAUAAGUAAUUUAGCUGUACUAAAUCAGUCAUAUGUGAUGUAUAUGUCUUCAAUUGUAAUUUUAUGCUGUAAUUAGUAGCUUUACGUAUUACUAAGCAGUUUUUUUUUUUUUAGAAAAAAAGAAAAAAACCAAAGUGAGCAAUAAAAAUGUUGUGCUUUUUGGAGUGGAUCGAA